UAAGACUAAAAAUGGAUGAACUGCUGACUCGAGAAAAGGAAUUAUUAAAGUUGAAUGCUGAACUGGACUCUAAACAUGCGAGUGUUGAGCCAAAGAAGAAAGGAGCCACAAAAUGUCGUCUUUCUAAACCAAGAAAUUCAAGGCCAACCAGUAAAACCAGGGAGGCAGAAAUCCAAGGAUCGGAGAAUAAAGAGGAGGACAAUUUUAUCUGGGCCCCACUUCCGGUCACACUUCCGGACCCCUUCACUCCAUCAGCAGGAGGAAAUACGUAUGUUUGGGCUCCAAUACCUCAGGAGGCGCCAAGAACAGAGGAAGUAAAUCACAAAGGAAAAAAGAAAAAGAAUAAUAAACGCUUAGAGCCAAGAAUAGAAGAGAUUUCCAUCCAAGAAGAACAAGAGGAACUCCAGGAGAACCAGAAAGAAGAAAGUUGGGAUCUUAGAGAAGUUCCAAGUAAAAUAUCUUUAGAUCACCAAACCUUUCCAGAAGAAAAGCUGAUUGGUAAGGUUGACCAGACUCAAGUAAAGAUCUUAAAUCUUAAACUUAGAUCGUAUGAAACUCAAUUGGAUCGUAUGCGAGAUGAAUACACGGAAUUAGCGGCAGCAAAAGAAAACCUGGAGAAGGAUAACAGGAAUAUUGAAGAGCAAAGACGACGAACAGAAUCACAGAAUCGAGGACUGACAAGCCAAUUGGAGAAACUCAGGGGGGAGAUAGUAGAUCUACGACAUAGAGUUGGAACUACAGAAGAUGAGAAUAUUCUUCUCAGGAAAGAAGUAGAAGAAGCCAAGAAAGAAAUUAAAAAGAAUGUGAGCAAGAAAACAACUUCUGACGUCAGGUUGAACCGUGCUCUGGAGGACUCCAAUAGGUUGAGAGGGGAACUUCAAGCUGCAGAAAGGGAGAAGAAGGAAGCAAAGGAAGGAGGAAGGAAGGCCGUUGAGGAUCUAACAAUUAAGAAUAAAUUCCUUGAAAAACAAAGAAAUGAAUUGCUGCAGGGAUUCAAGAAACAAAUGGAGUUAAUUGAUGUUUUAAAGAGACAAAAACUGCACCUAGAAGCUGCUCAUGUACUCAAAUAUACAGAGGAUGAAUUUAUGGAGACAUUAGAUUGGAAACCUACCAGUGCUAAUGGAACUGAAGUGAACUAAAGAUUGAAUAAUACCUUAUCACAAAGAUCUUACUUUUCAGUGUUAAUAUGUUGUAAUUUGUCUGUAUAAUACUGUAAAUAUAUAGUAUUUCAAGUUGUAA